AUGUGGCUAAUGGGCGCGUUUUGCGUGCUGUGCGCGUUUCACAGCGCCGUGGAUGCGCAAUGGAGAUGUCCCGGCUUAUCUGCUCGACCCGCUGCUGAAUGCUCCUGUGAUCUGCCUCAUACGCUCCGCUGUGCUGGCGAUCAUACUGCGCUACAGAUCAUAGGCCGCCAUCUUCGAGAACAGAAGGCCCGAAACAAGAACACAGCUGUAUCACUCCUGGACUGUGCCUUACGAGGAGUGUCAGUCUUAUCAUCAGCCUCGGUGUCGGAGCUAGCUGGUGUUGGACUCCAUGGGCUUGUGAUAUCCUCGGGAGAUAUAAGACGAGUACAGCAAGGCGCUUUCAGUACUGUUUCUGCUACUUUAUUUGCUUUAGGUCUGCCAAACAACCAGCUGCCCAUAGUACCAACAGAGGCGUUAACAAGACUCUGGAAUUUAGAUCGCUUGGAUUUGUCCAACAAUAAAAUUCAUACCUUAGACAGUAAUUCAUUUAAGGGUAUCACAAAUCUAACAUACUUGGAUAUAAGUGACAAUCAAUUGACGGAUAUAUCGGAGGGAGCAUUCCUGCCUUUGAUAAGGCUGAGUGUUCUAAGGCUAAGAGGGAAUCUACUGAAAGUACCAGCGCUGGCUCCUUUGAAGGAGGCUCACAUGUUAAGAGAUUUGGAUUUAUCCAGUAAUGCACUAGAAGGUCCUUUAGGCCCUACCACAGUGCCCACAUUGAGUUGUCUCACCACCCUUCAAUUGUCUGACAACACAUUUGCAAGUAUUCGACGUGGAGCUCUGUCAGGUCUCACAAACUUAACUCAUUUGAACUUGCACAACAACCAGAUAGAUGUGCUGGAGGACUAUGCGUUCAAACACAUAGCCAACUUGACACAUCUGGAUCUGUCUCACAAUGAGAUCGUCGCUGUAUCAGGUGCAUCGCUAGCUCAGCUGACUAGCUUAGUCCACCUGGAUCUUUCGCACAAUUUCCUUCGGUCCCUAUCUGCUGAGCCGCUGAAAUCUCUCAGAGGUCUGACCGAACUAUUGCUCCACGAUAACGACAUCUCAAUGAUAGAUGACGGAGCUUUGGCACUGCAUAAGGACCUCGGCCGAUUCACCAUUGAAGAUAAUCCUCUUAAUUGCGAUUGCCUAAUGGCCGGAUUCGCAAGGUGGUUGAGGGAGGCAAAAAAUCUUCCACAAACUGAUAAAUCGGUGGCCGUGUGUGCAACACCACCACAUUUGGAAGGAGCUCUGUUAUCUCGAUUGUCAAAAAACAAGCUUUGCGAUGACUCCGAACAUACAGAUUUGAAACAAAAAGAUACGAAUUACGAUUUCAAUAAGGUUCUAGCUAAUUCGAUUUUUAACGAUUAUAAAAUUAAUGUCGAUGAUAGUGGAGGAGAAGUUUAUGUUGAUAAGCAAGAUGGUUUGGAUGAUGAUUUGUAUGACGAAGAAUUGGAAGUUCCAGCUGAAGAAGAUUUGCCGAUAUCUGAAGCCAAGGUACGCCUAAUAGACGCUUGGCAUGACGACGAAGAAGUCCACUUAUCUUGGGCAGUGGAACCUCUAUCGAAUCGCCGGUAUAGAUGUACGGGAGUCACGGCGUCCAGAGCUGGUGGUCUACCGAAGCACGUAGCUUGUCAUAGAGCCUCACCGUCCAAUGUCGUGUUACGAGGAUUGAAGAUUGAUGCUGUUGAUCAGUAUACAUUCUGCAUAGCUCUGGAAGAAAUGGACAGCGCGGAUGUUCCUCUAUCCUUAGUACUGGGUUGUGGAGCACCCAUGCAAGUUAGACAACGAGCAACCUUCGCUACUGUCGUACCAAUUGUGGUUACACGGGCUCCAGAACCAAGCAACCCUUUGAGAGUAUCAGAAGUCCGUUCGAACGUCACAAGCGAUGGGGUCUUAACGGUUCUGAUAUCAGUGUUGGGUCUUCCACAAAGACCGCAGUACGUGCUACCUCGUUCCCAAAGACUGUCCAAUGAUGUCAGACCAAUCGGCAACUGUUAUAUUGUCGUCGCUGUCUUAUCACGAGGGAGCCUCGUAGCCCAAAAAGACACCCCAUGCCAAUCAACCCUGGAAAUUUCCAUGGAAGGCUUCAUGAGAGGUCCUUACGAAGUGUAUACUAGAUGUCAGUUGACCCGUGAAUUGCUGAAAAAUAAUUUCUCAAGGACAUUCCUGAGUAAUUGGGUAUGUUUAAUAGAACAGGAGAGUGAUAGGAAUACCUCAGCUAUGGUAGUGAAGUCUCCCAGAAGAAAGUUCUAUGGAUUAUUUCAGAUAGGAAGUGAAUGGUGCAAGGAAGGCAAGAAAGGUGGGAAGUGCGAUAUUACUUGCGAAGCAUUACUAGAUGAAGACAUAAAGGACGAUGGCAUUUGCGCCGUGAAGGUGUUUGAACAAGAAGGGUUUAAGUACUGGGCCAAAUGGGAGGCAAGGUGCAAGGGACAACUGCUGCCUGAUAUUGAGAAGUGUCCAGAUUGGGUACAUCCACCGAACAGAGCAUCCCCACCUCGUGAUAAAAGAACAGCAAGAGGCAAACGUAGCCUAAGAAAAAGCAGAAGGGCAAUAUUUACCAACCCAUUAUUUUAGACUGUGAUGUGAUCUAAAACAUUCAGGUUUAGAAUCUUUUUUUUUUAUUUUCGUGGUGUGACUGUGGCAAUAAUAAUGAUGGUGUCCCAAUGAGUUGCGGGACCAAUGAGUUUUGAAAUGCAGGACAUGUAAUAAUUUAAAUAUGGAACUAGAUGUUCAAAUGUUUUUUGGAAAGUUGAAAAUACAUCCAGGCGGCGAUCCGUUUGCGACCAAUGUUUGACAGAAUGGUUGUGACUUCAAAAGGAACCCGAACGCCUCGUUAGUACCUAUUAACUGAUAGUUUUAUCACGCCUACUGUACGGUACCGUGAACUACGAGAAGGUGCUUGACCUACCUUUCUUAUGGCUUUUCUUCCACAUUUAUCGUUGUGAGUGAUAAUCGCCUAAGUAAUUUAAUAAGACUUGGUGAUACAUUACUAAUGAUACCUGAUCAUAUAAUAAUGUUUCAAGCUGGAAAACGUAAAAUUGUAUCUUGAAUUUUUGUAAAUCAAAUCUUAUUUAAGAAAGCAUACAGGUAUCCAAUUGAAAUACAAUAUCUACUGGUAGCUGGUCUACCAAAAAUAUAGAACAAAAUAUUGUAUGACUUAUGAUGUACAAAUUGAAAAAACAAUGCAUUUAAUCGUUGCUGUGUCUGAAUAAAUGAACAUAACUUUGUUAU